CUUUCCUCUCUCUCAUUUAUUUAAACCCACCUCUUUCCAUCUCUGCACAUUUCUAUAUAUCUAAUCUUUGUUCAAUUCUCCACACCCCCUCGUCAAUUGUCACCAGCAAUAAUUAAACUAUUUUCACUUUGUGCAUAAAAAAGCUCGUGUAUUUGUAGGUGCCUGCUCAACUCAACUACUCAAGUCAAGUGAGUGUUAUUUAUUUGGUCAUAAUCAUAUACAUAGAUAGACAGAUAAUAAGAUCAUAUCAAGAUGCCUCGAAGGUACGCAUUCGGGAGGGCUGAUGAGGCGACUCACCCGGACUCGGUGAAGGCCACUUUGUCUGAAUUCCUCUCCACCUUCAUCUUUGUCUUUGCCGGUGAAGGCUCUGUUCUCGCCUUCCAUGAUAUUUACAGCAAGGACAGUGGCUUGAGUGCAUCAGGAUUGGUGGCUAUAGCCCUGGCCCAUGCUUUCGCGUUGUUUGCCGCAGUGUCUUCGAGCAUCAACGUGUCGGGGGGUCACGUGAAUCCAGCUGUCACCUUCGGAGCCCUGGUGGGUGGCCGUGUCUCGGUUCUUCGGGCCAUAUACUAUUGGGUUGCUCAGUUGUUGGGUGCGGUGCUUGCGUCUCUCCUAUUACGCCUCUCCACUAAUGGAAUGAGGCCAGUUGGAUUCAGAGUAGGGAGUGGAGUUGGAGAGCUUCACGGGCUGCUGAUGGAGAUAAUUCUAACGUAUGGGCUGGUGUUCACGGUUUACGCAACUGCCAUAGACCCGAAAAGGGGAAGCAUGGGCACUAUUGCUCCCCUGGCCAUAGCCUUCAUUGUUGGGGCCAAUGUGCUUGUGGGAGGCCCCUUUGAAGGUGCAUCCAUGAAUCCGGCCCGUGCUUUCGGGCCGGCCCUUGUGGGGUGGAGGUGGCACAACCAUUGGAUCUAUUGGGUUGGGCCUUUUGUGGGUGCAGCCUUGUCGGCUCUCAUCUACGAGUUUGGGAUUAUACAGCAGUCCGAGGCCCCACUCCACACUCAUCAUCAGCCUCUCGCCCCCGAAGAUUACUAGCUACCUCAUAGUUGCCUUUUCUUGUGUUUUGUUUGUUCUAUUGUGUGUGUGUGUGGAGCUGAUGAAUAAGUAGAGAUGAAUAAAAGAUGGGCGGCUCAUGCAUCUUCUAUUGGGUCGUGCAUCAAAUGUAGUACGUACGUACGUACUACUCUUGUGCUGUGUUGCUUUUUGGUUCUGUAAUUUGAUGAGACAAUCUCUCAGACUCUCUUCAUUUGAUUUGCUAAUAAUUGUGAUUGUGUGGUGCUUGAUUAUUGCAACUGAGUGGUUGAUUGUGG